AAGGGACUUUCCUCCCCGGGGUGAGGAGGGGAGAUAGUUUGGUAUUGUUGGUUUUGUUUUGAAUUAAGACGUUUACGUUGACGAGACUGAGGAACCUAUAAAUACGAAUGUUGGUGAUGUGAGAACGGGAAGAGACGACGUCAAUAAGGAAACAACAACCUAUAAACAUAACAACCUAUAAACAUAACACCUCGACCAAACCAAACCAACGACCUAGAAUAUAUCACUACAGCUACUACUACUCUACCAUCACAGCUCAGUCAGAGCAGGUGCCAGCUCAGAUCUCCAGGAUCGAGCAUCCUACGCCUUUCUUUCACCAGCGAGCUCACCACACAAAGAGAAAGCAAGAUGUCCCUCGUCUUUCUCAAGAACCUAUUUUUCCGCUCCUCCUCCUCCGCCUCUUCACCACAGUCGAUACACUCCCGGACAUCGACGUCGAAUAAAGCACAGUGCGCCCACGCACAACAAACAGAGCACUCCCCCCUCCUCCCCACGUCCUCCCCGCCAUCACCACCAACAUCCACCUACUCCACCACCAGCACCGACCUCGAAGCCCUCCGCCCCUCCUCGCCAACACCAUCAAGCAACUCCAGCUUCACAUUCCCGCGCAUCGACGCGAGGUUAAUAAGCGAUGCUACCAUCGGGCUGAGCGAUGGUCUCACGGUGCCAUUCGCGUUGACGGCGGGGUUGAGCGCGUUAGGGGAUACGAGGGUUGUUAUUUACGGGGGACUGGCGGAGUUGGUUGCGGGUGCUAUAAGUAUGGGGCUUGGUGGGUGGUUGGGGGCGAAGAGUGAGCUUGCGAGUUACAAAGCAACAGAAGCCGAAACAGCAGCCCGCAUCGCCGCCGCCCCCUCAACCCUGCACGACGAACUAACCGCCCUCUUCGAACCCUACUCCAUCCCCCCCAGCACCCUCGCCCCCCUAACAACCCACCUCCUCACUUCCCCCUCCCUCCUCCCCUUCCUCAUGCGAAUCGAACACUGUCUCCCCGAACCGCACCCCCACCGCGCCUUGGCGUCCGCAAUCACGAUCGCAUCAGCGUAUUUCUUGGGGGGGUUGCUGCCGCUGGUGCCGUAUUUCUUUGUGGAGGAGGUGGAGAGGGGGUUGUGGGUUAGUGUGGGGGUUAUGGCGGUUGCGCUUUGGGUGUUUGGGUGGGUGAAGACGGGGGUUUGUGGGGGGGGGAGGUGGGAGAGGGUGAAAGGGGGGGGAGAGAUGGUGGUGGUGGGGGGGGUGGCGGCGGGGGCGGCGAUGGGGUUGGUUAGGGCUUUUGGGGCGGGGGAGUAG